UUAAACGUGAAAGAAAACCUCCAGGGGACACACACAAACACGCAAUGGCGGUUUUAAGAAUGAAGUUCACCAAGAACAAGAGAGACAAGCUGGCCCAGGUGCUGUGGAUCCUGAACUGGAUCUCAGUGUUGACCGGGAUCCUCCUGUUCAGCCUGGGGCUCUUCCUCAAGGUGGAGAUCAACAAGCGAGGAGAGCUGAUGGCGGAGAGGGACAUCCAGUACGUGCCCAACAUGCUGAUCGCCGUGGGCCUCAUCGCCUGCGCCAUAAACUUCUUGGGCGGGAAGAUCUGCUACGACUGCGUGGACACCACCAAGUUCCUGCGCUGGAAGCUGAUCAUGCUGCCCUACAUCAUAUGCACCUUCUUCUUCACCUUCUGCGUGCUGGUCGGGGCCCUGAUGUGCUACAGCAUGCGCGGGGAGCUGGAGGAGUCUCUGGACCUGGGGCUGACGGAGGCCAUGCGCUUCUACAAGGACACGGACACGCCGGGGCGAUGCUUCCUGAAGCGAACGGUGGACAUGCUGCAGAUCGAGUUCCACUGCUGCGGGAACAGUGGCUACAGAGACUGGUUUCACAUACAGUGGAUCAGCAACCGGUACCUGGAUAUGUCCCAAAAAGAGGUGGUGGACCGACUAAGAAGCAACGUGGAGGGCAAGUACCUGAUGGACGGAGUCCCCUUCAGCUGCUGCAACAGCAACUCGCCCCGGCCCUGCAUCCAGCGGCGGAUCACCAACAACUCGGCGCACUUCAACUACGAGCACCAGAGGGAGGAGCUGAACCUGUGGAUGAAAGGGUGCCGCCAGGCGCUGCUGGAGUACUACACGGACAUCAUGCAGUCCAUCGGCCUCACCGUGCUCAUCACCUGGCUGUUUGAGCUGUCCGUGCUGACCGGGGUCCGUUACCUGCAGACGUCUCUGGAAAACGUGGUCAGGCAGGGGGACCCGAACUCGGAGUCGGACGGCUGGCUGCUGGAAAACAGCUUCAUGGAAACCGCCCGCACCAACCUGAACAUCAUCAAGUGCCUCGGCAAGGGCAACCAGAUAGACGCAGGCAACAACGGGGACCCCAACAUCAACGUCCCCUCCGCCUCUAAAGCGCACUACGGGCCGGACAACGUGCCGCCGAAGGAGACGCCUGAAGCCAGUUGAGCGCUCAGGCCUCAACGAGGGCCUUCUCCCUGAUACUUAAAAAAAACAGUUCUUCAUUACUUGGUUUUUUAUUAUUCAUAGAAGUCAAUAGUUUGCUAUACAAAAGGUGUCUGUGUGUGGAAACUAAGGUAUAUUGUGGAUAAUAUUACACAAUAUUGGCACAUUUAGCAAAUAAUGCCUUGUUGACUUAACAUAUGGUCUUUUUUUCGAUGAUGCAAGAAUCCAAGCAACCACAACACGUAUUACUUUUUGAACAUUUGUACUGUAAUUUGCUGUGUACAAACUGUAGGGAUAUAUAUAUGUUAUAGGGAUGAUCAUGUGGGCCGGAGGAAGCAACAGAAAUGUUGCAUGGCAGCUGUUAAGGUAGAUUACAGGUUAUAUUUUCAGGGGGAAAUGCAAAAACUCUGAAGAUGAAUCAAAAAGUGUGCGUUAAUCGAGUUUUAAUUCUCACUUUGAGUUAGAAUCUAGUACUAAACCU